AUGGUGGGGCUAUGUGAAGACGACGAAGUUGAAAUUGACGAAAAAACCGAGAAUACAAUGGCAAUGCAAUUGCGCGAUGGGCCAAUGACAAGCAAACGACGCAAGUCGAUGAUGAUGAACGAAGAAUGGAAAACGAGUGAAUGCGGAAUGCUUUUUGAUGUAAAAGCACCAUUAGAUAGUGGUUAUGCGCUUGGUUGGGUGCUUGAUUGUUCGAAAAUGGACGAAAGUCGAAUGACGGUAAUGGUGGUAGUGCACGGGUGGUGA